AUGGUUGUUCGAGUUUUGUACCCUAGCGAGCGACGCCUCUGCAAUCGCGUCUUCGGUUACUCCUCCGCUACUGCCACCGCCGCCGAUCUCUCCUUCAUGGAUGUAUGUAGGGUUUCCACCAUGGAGCUGCUUAAUUUCGCUAAUGGAAUCGCCAUGGGGAGCAGAGCACCAGAGAGACUAUUCAAAAUUCUCGAUGUAUACGAAGCCGUGAAGGAUCUAUUAUCGGAAUUCGAGACUUGUUCAAGUGGAGGAAGGGAGAACUUGGUGAUAAUCAAACUUCACAGCAGUGGCGGUGAUGGGGAGUUUGGUGAUGGUGGGUCACGACUGGAAGGUAGUGUUCGGUGGUGUUCAGUGGUCAUAACAACAACUACACAGGUGGUGAUUAAUUAUCAGAACAGGAGGGGGAAAGAGAGGUUAAGAUGGCGGAGUAGUGCUUUGGCUCACCGGCAGUCACCUUCGACUAGAGAAGUCCCCGACGAAACUGUUUUGGUCACCGGAUGGAGGCAACAACCUCCUCCCUCUCAUCUUCGCAUUUUCUGGCGAAAGGAGGACCACCCACCUCCGGUGGGUGAGUCUUGGCAGUCUAAUGAAGAAGAAAUGGGGACAACAAUAGCAAGUAUUGGGUUGUUUGUGUGGUGCUAG